AUGGAUCGGGCGCAGGUACUGUUGGUGGGUCUACCGUUAUUCCUCUUAUGCUCCGACAUCUUCCACCUCUUUUCUCCGCCGCCUGCGAAGCCCGCCGCUCCCCACCACCACCAUCACCACCACCGUUACCAACCAGAUUCACAGCCAAUUAUCCAACAGCAGCAGCCGUCGCUUGAGUUCCCGACUCAGAAAGCUAGCGGGAUCGGUUUUGGAAACUCGAUUAGCAUCGGCUUCUGUUCUUCCUGUUCUUACAGAAGUAGAAUACUCGUGCCUGAGGAAUAUAGAUUGGGCACACCAAAGAGGAUCUCCUGA